CAAAGCAGAAGCACUUAUCUCAGACUCUGCGCUUGAUCCUGGGCUUCGCUGCCUGCCAAGAUCUGUUUUUCCUCUCCAUUGAACUUAGAUUGGCUGUUCACAGAGGAGCCUUUGACUGCAACAAAAUAAAACGAAUACAAAAAAUAAAAUAAAAAUGAUUCCCCGCUUCAAGAAAACUUCUUUUGCUGAGUUCUGUCUUGUGCUCUGUGUUUUUGACCUGGCACUGCUUGGAGAUAUCACUUGGGGUAUACCAAUGGAAGAUCAGGAUUACUAUCUACAGGAAAUUAUCAACAGGGAUCAUUAUUAUUCUUUUCCGGAUCCUGAGGAGGAAUUUUCACCUUUCACAGAAGAGCCAAAAGAGGAAGAAAUGGAGCCCCCUGCAGAAAGAGAAGAAACCCCAACAUUCAGGCCAGGCAAGAAGGAGUUAAAACCAAAGAAAGCCAACAAAAAAGAAAAGUCACCUCUGGAGACCCCACCAGCUAAAAAUGGCAACAAGAAAGGUGAGAAAAACAAGAAGAGCCAUGAAGGAACACCAGAUGGUGACUAUGAAAGACGAAGCACUUACGAGGACAGUCGAGAAAGCUGCCCUCCCCUGGGUCUUGAAACAUUAAAAAUUACUGACUUCCAGCUCCAUGCAUCUACAGUAAAGCGAUAUGGCCUUGGGGCCCACAGAGCACGGCUAAAUAUUCAGGCAGGUGUUAAUGAAAAUGAUUUUUAUGAUGGCGCUUGGUGCGCAGGGCGGAAUGAUCCAUACCAAUGGAUCGAAGUGGAUGCUCGGAGGCUAACCAAGUUCACAGGCGUUAUCACACAGGGAAGGAAUUCUCUCUGGCUGAGUGACUGGGUAACGUCUUACAAAGUUAUGGUGAGCAAUGAUAGCCAUGCAUGGAUCACGGUCAAAAAUGGUUCUGGAGACAUGAUUUUUGAAGGCAACAGUGAGAAGGAGAUUCCAGUCCUCAACGAGCUGCCGGUACCGCUGGUUGCACGUUACAUUCGAAUAAACCCUCGAACGUGGUAUGAAGAAGGAAGCAUAUGCAUGAGACUGGAGAUCCUAGGCUGUCCUCUCCCAGAUCCAAAUAAUUAUUAUCACAGAAGAAAUGAAAUGACAACAACAGACAACCUUGAUUUUAAGCAUCAUAACUACAAAGAAAUGAGGCAGCUGAUGAAAGUGGUGAAUGAGAUGUGUCCAAAUAUCACGAGAAUUUACAAUAUCGGGAAAAGUUACCAAGGGCUAAAGCUGUACGCUGUUGAAAUUUCGGACAAUCCAGGAGAACACGAAGUUGGUGAGCCAGAAUUUCGAUAUAUGGCAGGGGCUCAUGGGAAUGAGGUGCUCGGACGUGAGCUGCUGCUUUUGUUGAUGCAGUUUCUGUGCCAGGAAUAUCUGGCUGGGAAUCCACGCAUUGUGCGCCUCAUUAAGGAUACCAGAAUUCAUCUCCUUCCUUCAAUUAACCCAGAUGGAUAUGAAAAGGCCUAUGAAGUGGGUUCAGAAUUAGGAGGCUGGUCUUUAGGACGAUGGACUCAAGAUGGCAUUGAUAUCAACAAUAACUUCCCUGACUUAAACACUCUGCUUUGGGAAGCUGAGGACCGGAAAAGGGUUCUGAGAAAGGUCCCAAAUCAUCACAUACCAAUUCCAGAAUGGUACCUGUCUGAAAAUGCUACAGUAGCCGUUGAAACACGUGCAGUGAUUGCAUGGAUGGAAAAAAACCCAUUUGUACUUGGAGGCAACUUACAAGGAGGAGAACUCGUUGUUGCUUAUCCGUACGAUAUGGUCCGAUCGACGUGGAAAACUCAGGAGCAUACACCUACUGCAGACGAUCAUGUUUUUAGGUGGCUGGCAUAUUCCUAUGCCUCCACUCAUCGACUCAUGACAGAUGCUCGGAGAAGAGUGUGCCAUACAGAGGACUUCCAGAAGGAAGAUGGGACUGUAAAUGGAGCUUCGUGGCAUACCGUUGCAGGAAGUAUAAAUGACUUUAGCUACCUACAUACAAAUUGUUUUGAACUCUCCAUAUAUGUUGGCUGUGAUAAAUAUCCUCAUGAAAGCGAAUUACCUGAAGAGUGGGAAAAUAACCGGGAGUCCCUUAUUGUUUUCAUGGAGCAGGUACACCGGGGAAUUAAAGGCAUGGUGAGGGAUCUACAUGGAAAGGGAAUUCCAAAUGCCAUUAUUUCCGUAGAAGGUGUUAACCACGAUAUCCGCACAGCAAGCGAUGGAUGUUAUUGGCGCCUUCUCAACCCAGGAGAAUACAUGGUCACCGCAAGAGCCGAAGGUUAUACUGUCACCACUAAGAAUUGUGCUGUGGGCUAUGACAUGGGCGCCACACGGUGCGACUUCACAAUCAGCAAAACCAACAUGGCCCGGAUCAAAGAGAUCAUGGAGAAAUUUGGAAAGCAGCCCAUUAGUCUGUCACUCCGACGGCGCAGACAACGAGCAAGGCAGAGGCGCCAGCAGUAUAGACUACUUUCUACAGUGUAACAAAUUAAGCUCUCAUGUUCUGCACCUAAACUGAGAUACUCUAACAGUAGGGAAUAUAUGUGAUAUUUUUCAUAUCCCCUUUCUAACAAUAUUCUCAUUAGGGAUCUUGUAUUGAAGAAUAUUUUGGCAUCCCACAGCUCAGUAUUUAAAUUUAUAUGCUGUUCUGAAAAUUUUGGAACAAAACAUUGUCUCUAAAAAGAGCCCACGAAGUAGCAAUUGCAUGUGGCACCUGUAUCCUCUGACCCAGAGGAACGCUUUAUAUAUCCAGGUGCUGAGAAGAAAUUCCAUACAGAUACAAUAUCAGAUAAUCUGCUGCAAUUGAAACCAUUGAAUUAAAGAUGCUGUGGCUACCAGCUUUGGGUUUGGGGGUUGGAAAUGAGAUUUCAGGAUUUAACAUUAAGUGUAUGAAUGCAAAACUUUGGGCUUAGAAACAGAAGUUGCAUUCUGUCAAAGACAUCACGUGCCUGUUUCACCCGGCACCCGUUCUGGUGUAAUAGUCCUUAGACAAAAUUCAACAGGGAGCAAAGAGAUGUGUGACAAAGUAAAACCAAUUAAAGCUGGGUCCAUUGACACAGAAAAAAAAUGAAAUACUAAAUGAAUGGGUUCUUUAAAGGACUUUUUUUUUAAAAAAAAAAAUUAUUUCACCUAUGUGUCUCUGGAUCAGUCUGGAACUGAUUUAAACAUGACAGAAGAGUUUGGUGGACAUAUGACUUUGCAAAAAUCAAGAAAUGAGCUUCACCUCUUAAUCUGCACCAGUCACCACUCUGUUGAUUGUUGAAUGAAUGCAUCUUUCAUUGCAAAUGCCCUUGUCUUCAGAGCAUCCUCAAUAUAUGUUUCUAUCAUAAAGUUAAAACCAGCUUUAAAUCCAUGUUCAAUGUGCUUUAUAUUACCAGAUUCACUAAAUUGAACUUCAGAUCAUCUGCUCGCUGACCUAUUCUUCAAGACUUAAGAGUAGGUUGAUUAUCCUCCAAGUAAUGUGCAGUAUAGCAACUGGCCUAGUUAAUUAUGAAGGCACAGGAUUGUUUAUAGUUACAUUGUGGUGGGAAAGAGAACUAGUGAAGCAUGGUGACUAUGCAACUGAGCUAUGAAUCAAGAAGCACCAGGUUAUCUUACUUCUGCCAUGAACUCACUAAGUGGUCUUAAGCUCAAUCCCCCAUCUGUAAUAAGGAAAUAAUGUUAUUUACCUUCACAGGGUAUGAACCCCAUUAUGUCAUUCAUAAGAACAUAAGAAGUGUCAUGCUGGAUCAGACCAAGGGUCCAUCUAGUCCAGCACUCUGUUCACACAAUGACCAACCA